AUGUUGUUAUUGUUUGGGGAAUUAGAUGGCUCAUGCAAGAAGAAUGUUGCUGAAACUUUCCGGUCGGCCUGGCGGCGGCUGCUGGGGGUGCGUACGCCGGCUGGGGGGGCGCAGUCGGCGGAGGCGGGCCAGGAGGUGACGUUCGUCAGCCCGACGCGCGGCUGCUCGCACAGCGGGCUGGGCGCCGCGGGCGUCGGCGCCACCACGACGCUGCUGGCCGUGUCGGCCGCCGCCUCCUCCACGCUGCUGCUGCACCAGGACGCGCUCGCCCAGCACCACCUGCUCCUCCACCAGCAGAAGGCCGCCGCCGCCGCCACCGCCGCCUCCGGCCUGCCCCUGCCGCCGCAGCUCGCCGCCGCCAGCCAGGUCCACGCCAGGGGCGAGUCCAGCAAGGUGUCCAGUGAGGCCACAGCUGGUGCAGCCGACAAGUCCAGGUCUGGAGGCCAGAGCAGCAGCAACCGCAGCACCAGCAGCAGCGGCAGCAGCAACGCCGACACCCUGCUGCUGGCCCCCGGGUGCUCCGUCCACUCUCUGCAGGAGGGCCCACCCUCCAAGGCGAAGCGACCCACUGUGAAGCGCAAGUGGUCGGCCGCCGUCAUCUUCGAGAAGGGUACAGCCUCCAAGGGACCGUCUGACGCCUCCACAGACGCACCACCACCACCACCAUCACCAGCUGACAGCCGGGCUAAUGCUUCGGAUCAGAGUGCGAGCCCGACUCACUCCAAGGAGUCCACUACCAGAGUCACGUCUAUUGGCAACAAUCCACUGCAAGGGGCCCGUUCUUCGAGGAAUGACGAGAGCGGAAGCGGAAGGCUCCAAAAGUGUCCCAGCCUCGUCACAGAGGACGCUGACCACGAACAGGCACAGACAGGGGCGAGUCCGUCGAAGACUGCGUCAGAUAACGAAGCUAAAGACUGCAGUCCAAGUUCGCCCUCACGAGGCUGUAGCGAGUGUGACUCGAAAGGUUUACAGCUUCCACUGGGCCAAAACGUCGACCUAUUCCGAAGUGCUUUGGAGUGUUCUGACAACCCUUCCAGUGAAGCUGUAGACUCUGUCGAAGGCACACCCAGUGCUGCAAACGUACCGGAAGAGAGACGCUGUAGAGAUCGUCUUGCCAGUAACAGUAGUGCGACGGACACUCCAAAGAAGGCGAGCAACAGUGAAGAGGAGCCAGACGACGGUGGCCAGCGCGGCGGCGCCGCGGACGGGCUCUCGGGGCGCACAGUGCUGGAGCUGACCGGCUACCAGGGCGGCAGCACGUGGAGCCUCCGGGGGCCCUCCGAGGGCGGCGGCUCGCCCGCAGAGCCCGCCGUGUCCGCGCUGGUGCUGUCCGCCUCGAGGUGCGCCAGCCGGGCCGUGCUGGCGGCGGCGUCCUUCCGCGACAACAACAACAGCCGGGACGUGCCCAGCCGCUACACACCUGACAAGGACCUCCAGAAGGGCGACAGCGCUGACGCCGUUACCGCCUUCGUGGGAGCGCUGCGCCACAGGGAUGCCGUGGCCCCCGUCUCCGAGGCAGAAGCCAUCGAACUUCAGGAGAUGGUAGUCUCCGCCAAACAAGAAUGA